ACGACCACAUAAUAUAAUCAGCAAAGUGACAAAGGGGGGUGAAUUAAACAAAUUUAGCUCCCACUUCAGGUUCUUAGUCGCCAAGUCACCCAAGCGUGGAAAGCCAUACAAAAGAGGAACAAGGAGUCAGGACACGCUCGAUCCAGCACAACAAUCACUAGCCGAGCACCGAGCAGAGCAAGCCGCUCCCCUCCCGGCCGAUGAUCUUGGCCGGAGCUCAGCGAGCCCGCGCCAUGGCCUCGCCCGACACCCUGAGCUUCUACUGCCACAGCUGCGGCGCCAGGUUGGAGCUCCCCGCCCCGUCCUCCCCGUUCCACUUCACCCUCUGCCCCCGCUGCCGCCGGGACUACCUCGACGACUCCCCCGCCGCGCCCCACCACUCGACGUUCUUGUCGCUGCCGCCGCCGCCGCCUCCACCGCCCCUGUGCGACGUGCCCUGGCCGCCUGCCCCGUUCACCUCCUCUCCCACGCCACCGCCGAUCCCGCGCGUCUCGUCGUCGCAGUCUUCUUUCACGACGGCGCGGCCGCGGGCUCUGGUGUCCCCGUGCACAGGACCCUCGUCGUCUUCCUCCACAAGGCCGCGUGCGACGUCGAGCGGCAGUGCCACCUCGCCGCCUGUUCCUCCCUUGUCGUCCUGCUGCCCCGAGCGCUCAGCGGCAUGUCGCGAAUUCCGGCUGCUUUGCUCCCACGAGGAGCAGCGCCGGUCCUCCCGGGCCGUCUCUCCCCUGUCGUCCCCAUACUCCACCGCCUGCUCCUCCCCUCUGCUGGGGUCGCCACCGCCGCCGCCGCCGCCCCCGUUCCACCACGGCGAGCUACUAUCCGAGACCGAGCCCUCCUCCACCGCCGAGGAGGAGACCAUGUCACCGCCUCAGGAUCUGCUCCCUCCUCCGCCACCGCCUUGGCUGCCGCUGGCGUCCGCUGACACAUGGGACGAGUACUUCCUCAACCCCUCCGACUCCGAUGACGACACCCCGCCACGGCCUCCUCCGCCGCCGAACGUUUCCACCUACCACGCCAUGUUCGACAUGCCGCUCCAAGCCCAACGCGGCGGGCCACAGGCGGCGGCGGCGGCGUCCACCAACGACACCGUGUUCGAGUUCGACGCGUCGUUCCAACGCGGCGGGUCACAAGCGGCGCCGCCGGAGUCCAUCGCCGCGCUGCCCACCGUCGCCGUCACGGACGCCGGGCUGGACUGCGUGGUAUGCACCGACCCCCUCCCGCCCACGGCGCCCGCGCGCCGGCUCCCCUGCGGCCACCUGUACCACUCCCACUGCAUCGUCAGGUGGCUGUCGGAGCACAGCAACUCCUGCCCAGUCUGCCGCCGCAGCAUCCCGACGAACACCUCCGCCACAAGCGAUGUUGCAUCGUCGUCGUCGUCGCAGUCCCCCGGCGGGAGGCGAAGGCGGUCUCUGCCGGUGCCAGGGGGGCGCCGGAUCAGAAGGAUCUGCAGCCGGCUGCUAAGAAACAUGGAGAUCGGCCGCGAUCGUCAGGCCAACAGCGGCCGCGAUCGCCAGACAAACAGCAGCGGCGGCGAUGUGCAUGCGUGAUGGCUGGCAUUGUCCUGCUGCACAUGUACGGUCGUCGGUGUCUCAGCUCGUUGCACCGAGAUCAUAGCCUAGCCUAAUAUUAUAAUUACAGAACAUGAUUAUCGAGUGUUGAUAAGUAAGUGUGUUUUUACAACGGAAGAGAGAACUGUGCUGGCCUUCGCUGCCAUGGGGUGAACACAAGAAAUUAUUAAAACAUGUGGCAGGCAAAUGAACUAGGAAGAGGUGAGUGACACGCAAACGAAAGAUUGAAGGAGUUGCUUGCUUACAGUUGGUUGUUUUUCAAUUCAGCAACAAUCAAGAUCUUUUAUGAGGGCU